AUGUGGAUUUUUAAUCAUAAAGAAAAAUCUAAUGGUAUGUUUGAGAGGUAUAAAGCCCUUCUUGUAGGUGAUGGGAAAACACAACAGGCACCUCGUGCAUGGUAUAAGCGAUUUGCAGAUUAUGUCAUUUCUCUUGGGUUCACUAAUAGAAAGUGUGAAAACUCUUUAUUUGUUAAUCGAAAGGGAUCUUACAUGGAUUAUAUAUUGUUAUAUGUUGAUGACAUUAUUCUCACUGCUCCAGCUAAUGCUUUACGUCUUUCUAUCAUGGAGUUUCUUAGCUCGAAAUUAGUUAUGAAAGAUCUUGGGCCUUUGAAUUACUUUCUUGGCAUAGCCAUUUCUAGACAUAAAGGUGCUAUGUUCCUUUCACAAUGCAAGUAUGCCAAGCAAAUAAUUGAGUGGGUCGGAAUGUCUUCCUGCAAGCCUUCCGCUACACCAGCUGAUACAAAGUAG